AACUGAGGCCUCUGGUUCCAUUCCUGAAAAUUCUGUCCUGGAGUAAAUGCUCAGGUCGUCCAGUCCCUGACUGGACAUCCUGAGGAAUAAAGGAGUCCAGCUUUAUCCAUUCGGAGAGACCCAUCUUACUCAAGCUAUUCAGAUGGAGAGGCCCCAGGGACCAGGAAACAUGACCAGGGUACAAGAGUUCAUCUUGCUGGGUUUGUCCAUGAGGCCUGAGGUAAGGGAUGUCUUGUUUGCUGUCUUCCUGACUCUCUACCUGGUGACCCUGCUGGAGAACAGCCUCAUCAUCCACCUCAUCCGCUGUCACAGUGAGCUCCACAAGCCCAUGUACUUCUUCCUGGGCAACCUGAGCUGCCUGGAGGUAAGCUAUGUGUCAGUGACCAUGCCCAGCCUGCUCGUGGGGCUGUGGGGUGGGCCCAGCCCCAUGCCCUUCACAGCCUGCAUGACCCAACUCUUCUUCUUCAUCUCCCUCAUCUGUACUGAGUGCACCCUCCUGGCCUCGAUGGCCUAUGAUCGCUAUGUUGCCAUCUGCCACCCACUCCACUACCCACUGCUCAUGAGGCCCCAGGUCUGCCUGGCCUUGUCCUUGGCCUCAUGGCUGGGUGGGCUGCUGGUCUCAGUAGUCAAGACGUCAUGCAUUGCUAGCCUGUCCUACUGUGGCCCCAAUGUCAUCAACCACUUCUUCUGUGAUGUCUCCCCUCUGUUGAAUCUGUCCUGCACCCAUGUGGCCCUGACAGAACUGGUGGACUUCAUCUCUGCCAUCAUCAUCCUCUGGGGUUCCCUUCUUGUGGCCCUAGCAUCCUAUGUGGCCAUUGGGAGAGCCAUGCUGAGUAUGCCAUCGGCCGCCGCCCGCCAAAAAGCCUUCUACACCUGUGGGUCCCACCUGGUGGUGGUGGGGAUAUUCUACUCGGCCACUCUCUUCAUCUAUGCCCGUCCCAGCCGAAUGGAAGCUGUAGAUCUAAACAAGAUUCUGUCUGUCAUUUACACAGUGGUCACACCCAUAUGCAACCCUGUCAUCUACUGUCUGAGGAACAAGGCAGUCCAGGCAGCUCUCCAGAAGACCCUGCACUGGUCCCAAGGCUGACCAGGACACUGGGCACGGUAGAGCUCUCAUACUAUCAACACUUUAUAUUUGUAUGGAGAUAGAGUCCACACAUCAUAUAUCUUCACUCUUUGCAAAUGUACAGUUCUGGGUGUUUUAAGUAUAUUCACAAAGUUGUGGGACUGUCUCCACUAUCAAAUUUUGCAUGUUGUCACCAGCAGGAGAAACCCAUACCUGUUAGAACUUGCUCUUAAUCCCCUGUCCCCGAGUCCUCAAAACCCACUAAUCUUUCUGUUUCUGUGGUGGAUAUGCCUGUUUUGGAUAUUUCACAUAAAUGGAAUCAUAUCACAUUUGGACUUUUGUGUGGUAACUUUCAUGUAACGUAACGUCUCCAAGGUUUGUGCAGGUGGUAGCAUG